GCAGAGCCGUGGAUAAGGGGGUACCACCAGUCCUCCUGUACUGGGCCCAGGCCAGCAGGGGGGCCCAGGCAGCUGGGUAAAUCAGGUGUGGGCAGGGAGGGAGAUUGGCACAGCGGGGGGAGGGGAGAAUUACUGGAACUGAUCCCCUGUAUGGCUCUCUACAGCAGAUGACAGCUGGUUGCUUCUCCUCUCCCUCCUGCUGGCUUUCAGCUGCUGCAGAGAGAGCCAUGCAGGGGAUCGAUUCCAGUAAUAGCCCCCCUGCAGCACCUAUCACCCUCGCUGCCCCCCUUUGUCCCCCCCCCCCCCCAAUGCUGCUUCCCUCCUCUCCUUUCCACUGGCAGCUGCAAGCACCCAAUAGGAUCCUUCAGGAUGGAGAGUGGGAGAAGGGUCUGAUAAAUAUGUCACAUUUACCAGCCCCUUCCUUUCCUGAAUGGACACAAUGAGUGAUCGGUACUGUUCAUU